AUGACUCUGGCACGAUCCGACGCUCUGGCACCACAGCCGUGGACCGAUGUUUUCACAGACGAUACUUGCAUAGACCGACGCAAGUGCCAGCGUACAGUGCCCAUGAAGGUGCUUGCUCUCGGUGUCGGUAGAACUGGGACUGCUUCUCUCCGUAUUGCACUCGAGAGACUUGGAUAUCUCCGCUGCUACCACAUGAUGUGUGCCAGUGUCGAAAACCCUCCGGAUUGCUUGAUGUGGCACGACGCUCUCGCGGCCAAGUAUGACGGCGAGGGUAAAUUCGGCCGCGAAGAAUGGGACCAGAUUCUAGGUGAUUGCCAGGCCGUUUGUGACUGGCCAGCCUGUGCAUUUGCCAAGGAGCUCAUUGAAGCAUAUCCCAACGCUAAGGUUAUUCUGACGACUCGUGACGUUGACUCAUGGCAUGCGUCGGUCAUGAAGACGGUCCACUGGCGAGCCACUGACCCCGAACACCGCAUGGCUUCCAAGGUCAGCUGGGCUGCGGGCAUGUACUAUCCCAUGCUGAACAAAUUCUUCGACACAUUCUUCCGCGGCGACUUCCCCAACCAGGGCAAAGAGGUCUACAAGGACCACAUCGAAGAAGUGCGUAGCCUGGUGCCAUCUGACCGACUGCUGGAAUACAAGAUCACGGAUGGCUGGGGCCCGCUCUGCGAGUUCUUGGGCGAAGAAGUACCCGAGGCUGCCUUCCCAUCCGGAAACGACAUGGCGAACUUUAAGAAGCGAUGCAGCACUCGUAACCGGAGGCAGAUGCUGAACGCUGCUCUGCAGGCGUGCACUAUGGGCGGAGCACUCCUGCUGACGGGGGUUGCAGGAAUGAUGAUAUUCAACCGCUACACCAUUCGUUGA